AUGGGUGUCGUGAGCGGUGCCGUCCUUGCCAUGGUCGUGGCAACUUUGAUGGCGGACCCUAGAGACCGAGUCCAAGAACAUUUGCAUUACAUCGACCGUCCCCAGAAUCCGUCCGGUAGCAUGAAUUGGAAUAUUUCAACGGAGAAAACGGAGAACUCGGAUGGGAUCCAGGACGUCAGCACCGCUUGA